GACCUCGCCCCAGAAUGCUGUUAACCACAUUGUAGGGGGCUAGCUGUUCACCCCACUGCAGGUUUUCAGGUAAUCCGGCCAGAUCCAGUUGCUUUUGGCCGUGCGUGGUCGUCAUGCCUCCUCUUCUGGCUGUGCUUGAUUCACUUCCCUCGCCUGUUGGGUACUCAGAUUCUUGGAAGGAUGGAUUCCCAUGCAUUUCCAAGCUCUUGUGACUAGGCUACAUAACAUUAUCCCUUGCUCCUCCCUAGGAGUCACCGGUUUGUUUCGCAACCUCGGACACAGAAGGCGAUUUCAAGGCACUGAGUGGCCAUGCCUCCGUCGGUUUCAUACACCGAAAGCCAUAGCUACGAAGGAUCGCCCAGAAGACAAUGGCUGCCUCCAGCCGUCCUCGUUGCUUUCUGUUCCCUCGGCGUUGCAUCCAUAGUCGGAGUUUCCAUGUCCGCGGUGGUGUUUAGUAACGCCGAAGACCUGAAAAAGCCCGGAAAUGCUGUGGCACAAAGCUUCGUUAUGUUUGCCUCGAUCCUGUCACUCUCCUACCUUCUUGUCCAUGUAUUCGCAGCCCGCAAAGGCGAUGGACUCUACUUCGACCCUCCCAUACCGGCAUUCCGUCACCAGCUCCAUGCCUCGGCCAUCACCAUUGCGAGGAUCGCGGCAGCUAUGUGGGCCAGUGCGGUCAUCGCCGUCGCCAUUGCAUUAUAUCGCGGACACAGCGGGGGCGAGACCAUCCGCCUAAUUGUUGACAUGUUCUCCUCCGCGACAGGAUUCCUCUCCGAGUGCGCGAUCCUUUCCGUCGUCCAUUUAGCAAACCGCCCGUUCGACACAACGUGGAUCUCGCCUAUGUCGUUCGACGACUACGCCUCCACAGGAGGUGUAUUGGACGUUAGAACAAGCUCCCUCACCAUAGGCUCCGGCAACACUGGGGUAUCUGGCAGGCUUGGCGGAAAGCAGAUCAGUAAUGUUACUAGUACCAUGUCGCCUGGUAAUAUCAGCAGAUCGACAUCAUCCAGCCAGUCACGAGCAAAGAAGAUGGCACAAACGAGGCGAUACAUCAUAGACGCACCCGGGUCCGUGGUUUUGACCCCUGUCAUGCCCCAAAAGCCAAAAGCAACAGCGAACAAGCAGACAGGGAACGCGAGGGACGUGGCUAAUCCUGAGGACGACAUAUUGGUGGAACCUCUGGAGUCCGUGUCAUCUGCUGCUGCGGGGGCUAAGGACGGUAUAGACAAGAGUAGGGUAUCCAUCGUGGAACGACCCAUUUCGCCCGACACGGUAAUCUACGUCGGGCCGAGCAUUCCUCAGCGAACAGCCAGGUCGGGUGACGGCAAAAGGAUUUCUCGCCCCGCACGCCGCCGGCCAGUCAACAGCCCCGCCGGGCCGAGGGCCCUGAAGAAAACCGUGGGUCAGCCGGUAUCUCUUGAGCGGACCCCGGAAACGGUACAGGAGGCCCAGCCUGCUCCACUCGAAACUCCCGCUCCGCCGCCGACGCCUCCUCAGGCUUACGCUGUUCCCGGGGCGUGGCUGCCUCAGCCGAGUCCGGAACAGGAACUUGUCGGGUGCGCUUGAAGGGUCGGCUAGAUUAUAAGGAGCUCUUGGACUGACCAUUAGACUGUUUCCCGUUUUGCCUUGCCCAUCAUUCAUCCCCAUGAGACUGUUGGCUCCACUACCGCUCAUUAGGUACCCGCUGGAUU